GAAAGAGAGAGAGCUUGGGGGAAUUAAGCAGGGCGUUCAUGUUCUCUCUGUGAAAGCUUCGCGUUAAGGUUCUCUCGCUCGCGCCUGCCGCAUCCAGCACAGCACAAACGGGAACAGCGUUUCUCUCCCGUCAGGAACCGAUGCGCGACCAUAAUAGAGUGAAUCUUUAGGUUUAGGUGAAUUAUUUGGUCGAAGCAGCGAGGCCUGUGCUGUUUUUCGCCGUGUGUCUCUAUUGUAUGCAGCAGCAGCAUCUUCCAUUGAUCUGUUGCUAUCUGCUGGGAUCCUCUGCAUCUGUCCUCUACUACCAUCACAACAUCUGGCCGCGGUCGCACGCUCCUCUCUUUCAUAUUAAACCUAAUAUCCUGUUUUGACGAGUACUUUUUUUUUUCUUCUGUCGUACACAUAGAUGUAUUCAUAGAUGCCGAACAGUGUUUUUAAUCGUCGUGUUGCUAUAUUUGUGAUUUAUUCGUCGGGCAUCGCUCGGCGCAGGCCGUGGGUUUAGUCACGGACAUCCACGAUGGGCUUCUGCGCUAAAUGUCGCGGAUGCUGCUGAUUGUCGGUGGCAUUUAUUACGGAAUUAACGCGUUUUUUACAUCGCGUGCACAGGGAGCGGCGCCAGGCGGGAUUUUGCGUCCGCAGCAAACGACGCAUUUCUUUUUGCCUGAACUCGCAUUUUCCUUUUUAUUAAUAUGACUAUUUUUUGUUUUCAAUGAAAAUCGCCUGUCUGUUAGACAAGGAUCGCCAUUUGUAUGGUCGUGGACGGGGAGCGGCGCCAGACGGGAUUUCUUUUCUUUUUUUAUUUUUUUUUUGCAACAUGCAAUAUCUAUUUUUACCUCAGCUCAGUUCCUUAUUAUUAAUAUUCUAGCUAUUUCAGUGUUUAGUUUUCGAUGAAAACCAGCCAGAAGAGGAUCACCCUCAGCUCAUCGUCUCUUUGCCAUCCCCUUGACGAUCAACAGUUAUCGCGUAAAUGCCUCUAAAUCCGCGCGAUUAUUAGUCGGAGCGCGCGACGUCGAGUCGGAGAUUUUCGCUUGUGCUCAUAAUGACUAAUAAACCAAAACGAUUCUCAUCUUCACUCAUGGAUGCUUUGAAUGUUGUAGGUUAAUUUGUCUUUUGGACAGGGUCAGGAGACUGAUAUUGGAUUAUAUCAUUGCCCGUGUUUAUUAUUUCUCCUGCGUGUUUGUGACUGAAGAUGCUCCAUAGGGUGGAUUACUGAAUAUCAUGUUUUUGGCCCUUUUAUCAUCUGGAAAGAUGGCAUCUGAUUAAAUUUUAAUCUUGAUGCAUUCUGGCGACACGGGAGGAGAAGAGGAGAAGCGAGUGAAUCGGGGAGGAGAGGAGAGAGGAGAGGGAGAGGAGAGGAUGUAGGGUGGAUACAGAAGGUUCAGCUGACGUUACAGGAGACUGUCCCGCGCCUUUCACCUCGUCCGUUCCUCUGUCCUUACCAUGGCGCUGUCACUCUGGUUACUGUGGAUGUGUCCUGUGUUGCUUAGCAACAUCGCUCCCUCCGAACAAGGUCUGAGUCGAGCGGCGAUGCCCUUCGGUCUGAUGAGGAGAGAGCUGGCGUGUGAGGGAUACCCCAUCGAGCUGCGCUGCCCAGGAAGUGAUGUCAUCAUGAUCGAGACGGCCAACUACGGCCGCACUGACGACAAGAUCUGCGACGCCGACCCCUUCCAGAUGGAGAAUGUGCAGUGCUACCAGCCGGACGCGUUCAAGAUCAUGUCACACAGGUGUAAUAACAGGACCCAGUGUGUGGUCGUCGCCGGGGCAGAUGUGUUUCCUGACCCCUGUCCUGGUACUUACAAAUACCUGGAGAUCCAGUAUGAGUGUGUCCCUUACAAAGUGGACCAAAAAGGUAAAGACCUUUUAAGAUAUGGAAUUUGA